AUGCUGCGUUCUCUCCGGUUCGCUGGGAGCCUCGAGGAACACACGGUGCCCUUGCCCUCCGCAUUCCGCAUUCCAUCCUUGCUGAUCAUGGCCAUGAUCCUGGAUGCUCAGCUGCAGCAGGCCAGCCUUUUCAAGAAGGUCGCUGAGUCGAUGAAGGACCUGUGCAAGGAGGUGAACUUCGACUGCUCGGAGAAGGGCAUGCAAGUGCAGAGCAUGGACAGUUCCCACGUGGCGCUGGUGUCGCUGAUGCUUCGAGGGUCUGCUUUCUCGGAGUUCAAGUGUGAUAGGCCCGUGUCGCUGGGCAUGAACGUGGACUCCUUGACCAAGAUUUUGAAGAUGACCGGACCUAGCGAUUCGUUGAAGAUCCGGCACAAGGGCGACACCGACGUGGUCAACUUCCAGUGCGAGGGCUCGGACGACCGCAUCUCAGAGUUUGACCUCAAGCUGUUCCAGAUCGAGAACGAGCACAUGGAGAUCCCAGAGCAGCACUACAAAGUGGUCGCGAAGAUGCCCUCCAGCGAGUUCCAAAAGAUCUGCAGGGACCUCAAGGAGUUUGGGGAGACCCUGCACUUGACCGGUGACAAAGAUGGGCUCAAGUUCGUUGUGCCACUUGCCUUUACAUUUCCAUGCUUGUCCGGUGACAUCGGAAGCGGCAACGUGCUGCUAAAGCCGCGGGAGACGGACAAGCCAGAGGACAAGGUGUCUCUCACAGUGCACGAGCCGGUUACCGCUGCCUUUGCCUUGCGCUACUUGGUGAACUUCUCGAAGGCAUCGCCCCUCUGUGGCUCCGUCACCCUGGGCUUUGCCCCGGAUGCACCCCUGCUGGUGCAGUACGACCUCGAGACGGAGGACAAGGGCCACAUGAAGUUCUACCUCGAACACACGGUGCCCUUGCCCUCCGCAUUCCGCAUUCCAUCCUUGCUGAUCAUGGCCAUGAUCCUGGAUGCUCAGCUGCAGCAGGCCAGCCUUUUCAAGAAGGUCGCUGAGUCGAUGAAGGACCUGUGCAAGGAGGUGAACUUCGACUGCUCGGAGAAGGGCAUGCAAGUGCAGAGCAUGGACAGUUCCCACGUGGCGCUGGUGUCGCUGAUGCUUCGAGAGUCUGCUUUCUCGGAGUUCAAGUGUGAUAGGCCCGUGUCGCUGGGCAUGAACGUGGACUCCUUGACCAAGAUUUUGAAGAUGACCGGACCUAGCGAUUCGUUGAAGAUCCGGCACAAGGGCGACACCGACGUGGUCAACUUCCAGUGCGAGGGCUCGGACGACCGCAUCUCAGAGUUUGACCUCAAGCUGUUCCAGAUCGAGAACGAGCACAUGGAGAUCCCAGAGCAGCACUACAAAGUGGUCGCGAAGAUGCCCUCCAGCGAGUUCCAAAAGAUCUGCAGGGACCUCAAGGAGUUUGGGGAGACCCUGCACUUGACCGGUGACAAAGAUGGGCUCAAGUUCGUUGUGCCACUUGCCUUUACAUUUCCAUGCUUGUCCGGUGACAUCGGAAGCGGCAACGUGCUGCUGAAGCCGCGGGAGACGGACAAGCCAGAGGACAAGGUGUCUCUCACAGUGCACGAGCCGGUUACCGCUGCCUUUGCCUUGCGCUACUUGGUGAACUUCUCGAAGGCAUCGCCCCUCUGUGGCUCCGUCACCCUGGGCUUUGCCCCGGAUGCACCCCUGCUGGUGCAGUACGACCUCGAGACGGAGGACAAGGGCCACAUGAAGUUCUACCUCGAACACACGGUGCCCUUGCCCUCCGCAUUCCGCAUUCCAUCCUUGCUGAUCAUGGCCAUGAUCCUGGAUGCUCAGCUGCAGCAGGCCAGCCUUUUCAAGAAGGUCGCUGAGUCGAUGAAGGACCUGUGCAAGGAGGUGAACUUCGACUGCUCGGAGAAGGGCAUGCAAGUGCAGAGCAUGGACAGUUCCCACGUGGCGCUGGUGUCGCUGAUGCUUCGAGAGUCUGCUUUCUCGGAGUUCAAGUGUGAUAGGCCCGUGUCGCUGGGCAUGAACGUGGACUCCUUGACCAAGAUUUUGAAGAUGACUGGACCUAGCGAUUCGUUGAAGAUCCGGCACAAGGGCGACACCGACGUGGUCAACUUCCAGUGCGAGGGCUCGGACGACCGCAUCUCGGAGUUUGACCUCAAGCUGUUCCAGAUCGAGAACGAGCACAUGGAGAUCCCAGAGCAGCACUACAAAGUGGUCGCGAAGAUGCCCUCCAGCGAGUUCCAAAAGAUCUGCAGGGACCUCAAGGAGUUUGGGGAGACCCUGCACUUGACCGGUGACAAAGAUGGGCUCAAGUUCGUUGUGUCCGGUGACAUCGGAAGCGGCAACGUGCUGCUGAAGCCGCGGGAGACGGACAAGCCAGAGGACAAGGUGUCUCUCACAGUGCACGAGCCGGUUACCGCUGCCUUUGCCUUGCGCUACUUGGUGAACUUCUCGAAGGCAUCGCCCCUCUGUGGCUCCGUCACCCUGGGCUUUGCCCCGGAUGCACCCCUGCUGGUGCAGUACGACCUCGAGACGGAGGACAAGGGCCACAUGAAGUUCUACCUCGCGCCGAAGAUCGAUGAGUGA